AGUGACCAAUGACAAUGGACAGCUGCCAAGUUCUGCUCUCCCCUUCCCCUUUAUAACUGAGGCUGUGAAGGCAAUCAUGACAGACCUGUCCAAGUUUCCAUUGUAAGAAGGCUGAUCUCACAAACUCCAGCAGCGAUGACUCUGACUCAAGCUGAGAAGGCUGCAGUAGUUGCCAUUUGGGGAAAGAUAGCUGCCCAAGUUGAUGCCCUUGGGACCGAGUCGCUGGAGAGGCUUUUUUCAAGCUUCCCCCAGACCAAGACCUAUUUUCCUCAUUUCGAUCUCAGCCAUGGUUCUGCUCAGCUUCAUGACCAUGGCUCCAAGGUCCUGGGUGCUAUUGGUGAGGCUGUCAAGAACAUCGAUAACAUUACAGGUGCCUUGGCCACACUUAGCGAGCUGCAUGCCUACAUCCUCCGAGUCGAUCCGGUGAACUUCAAGCUGCUUUCCCAUUGCAUUCUGUGCUCCGUGGCUGCCCACUUUCCCAGCGACUUCACCCCAGAAGUCCAUGCUGCAUGGGACAAAUUCCUGUCCAAGAUUACUUCGGUGCUGACUGAGAAGUACAGAUAAACUGUCUC